AUACCAACAAGUGAAAGAUGGCAGAGGCCUCGUCCUACGCCAUCGCCGUCGCUCUGCUCUGCCUGCUCACCGCCGAUGGCUGCUCCGGCUGCCCCUGGUUUCUGCCUGCUACAUUCUGCCCUGCCCCCACCCCUUACAACCCUGCACCCGUCCCCGCUACCCCCACCCCCCGCCCCGUUACACCAACACCUGUCUCCGCUGCCGCCGGCCCCGGCUCCGGCGGUAACCACGUCGAUGCCGGCGGCUGGUUGGACGCCAGGGCCACCUGGUACGGCGCUCCGGAUGGCGCCGGGCCGCUGGACAAUGGUGGCGCGUGCGGGUUCAAGAAAGUGAACCUGCCGCCGUUCAACGCCAUGACGUCGUGCGGCAACGAGCCGAUCUUCAAGGACGGCAAGGGGUGCGGGUCCUGCUACCAGAUAAGGUGCGUGGGCAAGGCUCACCCGGCCUGCUCCGGCAUCCCCGAGACGGUGAUCAUCACCGACAUGAACUACUACCCUGUCGCCCGCUACCACUUCGACCUUAGCGGCACUGCCUUCGGCGCCAUGGCCAAGGACGGCCGCAACGAAGAGCUCCGGCACGCCGGUAUCAUCGACAUGCAGUUCAAGAGGGUGCCAUGCCAGUACCGAGGGUUGUCCGUGACAUUCCACGUCGAGAAGGGGUCGAACCCGAACUACCUGGCGAUCCUGGUGGAGUACGGGAACGGUGACGGGGACGUGGCGCAGGUGGACCUCAUGGACGGCGGUGAGCCGACCGGGGCCUGGGCCCCGAUGAGGCACUCGUGGGGCUCUAUCUGGCGCAUGGACACGCGCCGCCCGCUCCGGGGGCCCUUCUCGUUGCGGGUCACCAACGGGUCCGGCAGGUCGCUGGUUGCCGACCAGGUCAUCCCCGCUGACUGGAAGCCCCAAGCCGUGUACAGCUCCGGCGUCCAGUUUGAUGAUUGAUCCCUUUCGCUCAUCCAUGCAGGGCAUGCACGUCCAUAUGCAUGCAAGCCAGGAUUUAUUGUGUCAGGCAAUAUAUACUCCCUUUGUUUUUAAAUAUAUAUAUAUUUAAGAUUUUAUUAAAAAAUUACAUAC